GUCUGGCGGUUUACCGCGAUAUGAACCGACACAUUCAGUAUAUAUUGGUAUAUUUCAUUCGUUGAAGCUGCUUCUCCCACCGCACACAUUGAAGCGUUUAUCCCAGGAUUUAUCUCGCUUUCUGGGUUUGGACAACCAGGGUGUUUCGAUGAAUGAGUCCAGAAAAGAAGGCCGCCAGUCGGUUCUGGAGAACUCAGACUAUGAAAUUGGCCUGAUUGGCUGGGUGCUGGUCGGACUUUCUCUCCUGCUGGUGCUGGUCACGCUCCCCCUUUCCAUAUGGAUGUGCUUUAAGAUAGUGAAGGAGUACGAGCGAGCCAUUAUCUUUCGCCUUGGGCGCAUUCUGAAAGGAGGACCCAGGGGACCGGGGUUGUUCUUCAUCGUACCGUGCACUGACCUCUUCAUCUAUGUGGACAUGCGUACAGUCACCUUCGACAUCCCGCCACAAGAGGUUCUGACUAAAGACUCGGUGACGGUGAGCGUUGACGGCGUGGUGUACUACCGGGUCCAGAACGCCACCCUGGCUGUGGCCAACAUCACCAACGCGGACGCCGCCACCCGGCUGCUGGCCCAGACCACCCUGAGGAACGUCCUGGGCACCAAGAACCUGGCGGAGAUCCUGUCCGACCGCGAGGAGAUCGCUCACAGCAUGCAGGUCAGUCUGGACGAAGCCACAGACGACUGGGGGAUCAAGGUGCAGCGCGUGGAGAUCAAGGACGUGAAGCUGCCUCUGGAGCUCCAGAGAGCCAUGGCGGCCGAGGCGGAGGCGAGCCGCGAGGCCAGAGCCAAGGUGAUUGCGGCGGAGGGUGAGAUGAACGCGUCGCGGGCCCUGAAGGAGGCGUCCCUGGUGAUCUCUGAGGCCCCGUCGGCUCUGCAGCUGCGCUACCUGCAGACCCUCAACACCAUCGCCGCCGAGAAGAACUCCACCAUCAUCUUCCCGCUGCCGAUGGACAUGAUGCAGAGCCUGAUGAAACGCUGAGGAAGAACGCCGCCCUCACACACACGCACACACACACACACACACACACACACACACACACACACACACACACACACACACACACACGCACACACACAGACAGGUCAGGGAGACCUCCUGCCUCUGAAAGCAUCUGUUUAGGUUUUAAAACUCAUUAAAUUGCUUUAACUGAACGAUCCAGGAAACCUCAAACCAAAUAACACUGACAGCAUUUCUCCACAUGAGCCACACACUGCAAAAACAAAAUAUUUACCAAUAUUUUAGUCUAGUUUCUACUGCAAACAUCUAAGUCUAACUUUCAAGUAACUUUCCAGCAAGAAAAAGCAGCUUGUUUUAAAUAAAUAAUUCCUUAAUAUCCAUUGAUAUUAGUGAAACAAUCUGCUGGGAAAAUUAUUGACUUAUAACAAAUUGUUUUUGUUAUACAAAAACAAUAGUUUUGAAAACAAGAAAAACAAUUGUUUUUGUAUAACAAUUCUUAUUGUUAUACAAAACAAUAUACAAAAAAUAUUUUUUGACUUUUUUAUACAAAAAAGUCACUGAAAAGUGACUUUUAAGUUAGUUUUGUCUUAUUUCUAAUGUAUGAAGUUAUUUGCAGUAGAAACUCGACCAACUGUAUUUGUAUUUUUACAGUGUAGGAAGAUUUUAUUUAUUUUUAACAAACCAAAUACUUCAUAUUAGUCUAUUAAAUAUAACAUAGAACACAAUACCUUGGCUGUUUGUAGCAUGUUGUGAUCAGGCAUUACAUUAUGACCACUUUACUAAAGAUUGGGAUCAAAAGUAGCGACUUCUGCGCUUCAACUGGAUUCUUCAUUGAAUCGAUGAAACGUCCUUCUAACUAAAAUGUUUUUCAUUUCACUCGCUGUUCAUCCUAAUCUGGUUCUAGAUCCAGGUUCUUUAAUCACAUCCAUUUCUUAAUGAUGUUCAUUUCCUCCCUCGUUGAUCCACCUUUCCUGCUCCGGCUUAGAAAUUAACUGUUAAUAUUUUAAAUUAAAAUCCACAUUUAGUUAAUCUUAUAGUUAAAUAUCCAAAAUGUCAUUAAUAAAUGCUUGAAAAACUUAAUUGUUUCUGGAAAUAUGUAGAAUUUGAGAAAAGAAACCCUUAUUUCCAACAUGAACAUUGCAUUUUGUUUCACUCCCAACAGUCAGUGGUCAUAAUGUUUUGGCUGAUCAAUGUGUGCCCCGGCAGCAAGGUUUAGUCGUUUUCUGCAGGAAGUGAGUGGAAGGAGGAAAACCUACAACAAUACUUUACACUCUGUGGUUGGAGCCUUAAUAGAUAGAAAAACGGAGCAAAUUUACGCCAAAAAACCUGGAAAUUUUGAAAUUAAUUUAAGAAAAUUUCUGGCAAAAAUCUUGAAAAUAUUUGAGACAAAGCAAGGAAAUUUCUGAAUAAAAAAAAUCAAAUUUACAGGAAAUUUACUAGAAGAUUUUUGACUCUCAGAAAUGAUCUGAGUUUCAAAAGUUGAACGUUUUUGAGUUUUGAAAGUCAAAAAUUUCUACGUUUCAUUUUUCUCAAUCUAAGAAUUUUUACCUACAAUUGCCCUAUUAUGCUUUUGUAUUUCUACAAAAAUCAAACCCAAACAUUAGUUUGUAAAGCUUUCGCCAAAAACCCCUUACACAACAGCAGAUCUGACUCAGUGUUUAUGCAUCUUAUUUUUUUUUGCCUGCUUGUUUGCUGUGAUUUUUAAUUUCAAUAUUUAUUAUUUAUGAGGACUUUAAAUAAAGAUGCAACCCACAGAAAAGUUUGUGAGCUGGUUUGUGAAUGAGAGAUGACAGAAACUUGUUGAAUUUGGUUUAUUCAAAACAGAAGCAGCUGCAUUUUUUUUAUUUUAAAUUAGUCUGGUUUCUGGCAAUAAUAAAAAAAAAAUACAGAAAUGAAAGAAGUCAGCAAACAGGUCCUGUACCUUUAAAACGACAAACUAAAUGAGAUUAA